CACAAUUUAAUUUAAUAAUAAAUGAACACGGUGUUUUCCUCGCGCCAGCCGAGCUGCGAAAUCGWAUUCAUAAUUUAACAAAGAAGUACAGACAGGAACGGAAGGCUGUGGGCCCAAGCGGAGGAGCUCCGUCUAAUUGGGAAUUCUACGACGACAUACACAAAAUAAUUGGCAGCUAUAAAUCAAAUUUCACACACGAACUGGCCGACGAAAGCAUUGAAAAUGUUUCGGAUCCAUUAGACACAUCGAUGGCGGCAUCYUCAUUGUCAAAUGAAAGUGGACCUGAAGAAGCACCAUCAACUUCGUCGGCUGCAAUAAAGAGAAAGAGGAAUAGUGAUGAAGAUUAUCUCGACUGGCUAAAAAAGAGCAAAAGAUGAUGGAAGCUUAUUUCAAUAAAUCUUUGGAAAAUGAGGAAAAGGCCCUAAAAUUGAUGGAGCAAACCAACGCCGUUCUUAUGGCUAUGUUAAAUAAACAUAUUUAAAUAAAAAAAUAUCAAUUCUUUGUGAAAAUUACAAAUAAUAUUUAUCGUGGAUAAAAUGUGUCAUAAUUACCUGUCG